AUGAGCGUAGGUCGUAAGGGUUGGGAAUAUACAUCAGAUGAAUUAGCUAAUUUUAGUUCUGAAAGUAUUAGAAAUAAAUCGACUGUGCUAACUGAUUCUGUCACUGGUGAGACGCUUACAUAUCCCUCUAUGAAGAGUGCGGCAGAGUUUUUAGGUACAACUGCUACUAUAUUGAGAAGCUAUUUAUCUAAAAACCUUUCUUAUAAUGACUACGUUAUUAGCGUAAACGAGGGAAAUGAGCUCUCAUCAAAGACACAGUCUCUUUUAUUAACGAAUAUACAAGAUUCUAGUACUAAGGAGUUUUCUACGAUUAAGGAUGCAGCAGUUUUUUUAGGGGUAAGUCGUUCAAGUUUAAGUUAUGCUUUAAACAAACCAAAUAGUGGGGAACAAAAUGGCUGUAAAAUCGGUGAUUAUCUCGUAACCAGAAUAGAGAGUGAAGUGAAUUGCAUUAGACCUGGAAGCGUGUCAGUAGAAGUUACAGGCUUAGAGAAUAAUACAACUAAUGUUUAUCCUUCUAUAACCUUAGCUGGACAAGCUAUUGGGGUUUCAAAGGCUAGCGUAAGUCAGUAUAUAAGGGGGUAA